UCAAGCUAACUGUGUGGUUGUUAAAAUGGUUAACCCAGAAGGAAAUUCUAUUACAAUUCACGAUACCACCAAGCUGGUGAAAGACAUUUCAUCACUUUUUUUGAGUGAAACAUUUUCAGACGUCGUUUUAAUUGUCGACAACGAAAGAAUCUUUGCUCAUAAGGUCAUCCUCGCUGCACGAAGCUCAUAUUUUGAAGGCCUUCUUUACGAUGGAGGAAAUGAAAUAGAACAAUCAGAACUGACAAUAUCUCUAGACACUUCACCUGAUGCCUUCCGAAGUGUUCUUAAAUUUCUUUACACAGGUAGCAUCACCAUUAGCCCCUCAGACUUGGACCCCAGUCUAGACCUAAUCAGUUUAGCUCAUCAGUGUUCACUCACUGAUUUAGAAUACGCUGUAGGAAAUAAAAUAAAAUCUUUACUCAGCCUCAAAAACAUUUGCUCGAUCCUUAAUACGGCCAAUUUGUACGACUUGGUGGAACUUCGCGAUGCCUGUCAUUCUUUCGCGGACGAACACGCUUCGGACAUCAUCGACAACGAUUGUUUCGAAAGCUUGAGUCAAAAAUCUUUAAUAAAGAUGGUGGAAAGAGACACGUUUUUUGCUCCCGAACUAGAAAUUUUUAAAAAUGUAGCUCGAUGGUGUCAAAAAAAUAACUAUGUAGCUGGUUUGGUGGUCAACUGUGUCCGGUUAUCUUGGCUGAGUGUUGUAGAAAUUGUGUCCAUAGUGUGGCCUUCAAAACUUGUAGACUGUGAAGAUUUACUUCAAGCGAUUGCAGAAGUUGUAGAUGUCAAACCGAGAGAGUACAACUGCAGAGCAAAGUUAUUGAGCGGAGUCAAUUUUGCUACUUCUGAACAUAAAGCUGCGGUAAUAACUGGGCGAACAAACAUCACGGAAUUGUUGGCUGGCAAUAGAAAUAUCGGUUUACACGCAGACCAUGACAUUAACCCCAAUGAAAAGAAUGGAAUAACGAUUAAAUUCGGCCAUGCUUUCGUUAUUAAUCAUAUUAAUAUGAUGUUGUGGGAUGGUGACGUGAGAUUUUAUCAAUACUAUAUCGAAGUCUCAAUUGAUCAGAAAAACUGGAAAAAAAAGAUAGAUUACAGACAAUAUGCAUGUCGCUCUGUCCAGAAUCUUUAUUUCGAAAAAGUGAUAGCACAGUAUAUCAGAGUUGUUGGUACACAUAAUAGUAGACUUCCUGAAUUUCAUCUUGUAUUUUUUGAGGCUUAUUUCAAGGAUAAUAUACCAAGAAUUGUAAACGACAUUGUCUGCCCUACAACAAAUGUUGCUACAGUAGACAAGAAAGCAAUAGUUGUAGAGGGAAUUAAUGGAGCUGCUCUUCUCGAUGGAAUAACUUCCAAUUAUAGUAAUCAUACUUACCACGCUGUCGGUUCUGGAAGUAUAGUAGUCCAAUUAGCACAACCAUUUAUGCUCUCUAGCAUGAAAUUUUUAUUGUGGAAUAAAGACAGCCGUUUCUAUAAAUAUUAUGUAGAAAUCUCAAUCAAUAAGUCUGAAUGGAUCAUGAUAGCUGACCACCGAAAUGAAGAAAACAAAUCUUGGCAAAUAAUUCGUUUUUCUGAAAGACCUGUUGUCUACGUAAGAAUGACCGGGACCGGAGCUUCCGCUGAAGCUGGAAAUUAUCUACACUUGCUGCAUUUCGAAUGUCCAGCCAGUGAUGACGGAAAAACCUAUAAGUGAAGAACUUUAUACCGACAUUUUUCGUGUAAUGAAUGAAAUAAAAAGAAU